AUGAGCACCGAGUCCCCACACACACUACUGCAAUUGGCAAGUCAGAGCUUGCUGACGGACAAGGCCUUGGCCAUGGAGGCUGUGGAACAUCUGCCAGGGGUGCUCUUCCCACCAGUGUUCAUGGAGGCCACCACCAGGGGACACACUGAGGUCCUGAAGGCCGUGGUGCUGGCCUGGCCCUUCCCGUACCUGCCUCUGGGAGUUCUGAUGAUGAGGAAACCAGGGACUUUGGGCACUCAGGAUGCUCUUGUUCAGGUGCAGCAAAGCUUGUUACAAGCUGUACUGGAUGGGAUUGACGUGCUGCUGAGUCAGGUUUCCUGCAGGAGGUGGAAAUUGCAAGUGCUCGAUAUGCGGGAUGUGCACCAGCACUUCUGGAGAGUCUGGGCUGAAAACAAGUCAGAAGCGUGCUCCUCGGACACCAAGAAGAGGAGAAAAACAGAGAGGAGUGUUCCGAGGGCAGCAAAAGGGCAAACCCUCAAGGUGAUUGUAGAUCCGUGGAUCAAUCAUGGAUGGCUGGAGCCACUGCAAAUCUACCUCUUCCAGUGGGUCCAGGAGAGGAAAGACCUGGUGCAGCUGGAAUAUAAGAAGCUGCAUGUUAGAGGCAUGUGCACUGAAUGGCUCACAGAGUUCCUGGAAGUGCUGAACCUUGAUUCUGUGCAGGAGGUGGAUGUGGGUCACUCCUGGACAGUCAUUGCCUUGGCUCAUUUUUCCCCUUUUCUGGGACAGAUGAAAAAUCUUCACAAAUUAAUUCUCUCUCACAUCUCUGUGCCCGCCAUCAUUUCUCCAGAGGAGAGAGAGCAGUUGUUCACCAAAAUCGCCUCUCAAUUUCUUAAUCUUCACUCUCUGCAAGAGAUUUUUAUGGACUCUGUCGACUUCCUUGAAGGCCACUUGGAGCAGGUACUCAGGUGCCUGAAAUGCCCCUUGGAGACCCUCUCGUUAUCUCACUGCCAGCUCUCACACUCGGACUGGAACAAGCUGCCCCAGUCUGAGAAGACCGAACAGCUAAAACAUUUGCAUCUGAGUUGUAUCAGGCUCACUGAUUUCAGUUCUGAGCCCCUCCGAAUUCUGCUGGAUAAUGUCACAGCCAGCCUGACCACCCUGCAUUUGGAAAACUGUGGGAUCACAGAUGAACAGGUCUGUGCCUUUCUGCCUUCGCUGAGCUGCUGCUCCCAGCUCACUACCUUCUGCUUCGUAAGGAGUUUCUUGUCCAUAGGCACCAUGAAGAAGCUGCUGUGCCACACGGCCAGGCUGAGGAACUUAAAGCAGGAGCUGUACUCUGUUCCAACAGGGGUUUAUAUUCCCUUGGGUGGUGUUUACCCGCAGAUGGGGAACGAACUAUGUGAAGUGCUUAGGAGGAUGAUGAAGACACUGAAUCAUCCCCGGACUGUCUGGUUUUGUACUUCUCAUGGUGAACUAUGUUGCACCAGGCGAUUCUAUAACAUGCACCCUUCUCCAUGCCCGGCCUGUAUCCCCGUCUAG